AUGUUCUCCAAGCCAACUCACUUUAUUUAUAACACCGUUCAAUUCUUCAGAGAAUUCACAAAGUUUAUGGCUAUUCAAUGGGUGAGUAUCAUAAUUUAUAUUCAUAUUAUUUCAAAAAAUUGAUUUUUUUUCAGUUGGGACAACAAGUCACUUUCACAAAAAAAGCACAUUUCCAUGAUUUCUGUCAAAUUAUUGUGAAAAGGUAUCAACUCAAUUGUGAAAUGUUCGAAUCAAUUGAUACAAAUACAUCAUUAUCAUUUAUGUCGAACAAAAAUCAUCUUGAAACAAUUCGCCAGAAACUGUAAGUUAUAUAUCAACAUAUGUAAAUAAUUUUGGAAUAUUAUUGCAGUUAGCUGAUAUUUCUGCAACUAAAAGAGGGAAACGACAGAAUUCAUAUACAUCUUCCUCGAGUUGUUCGUUAAACAAUACUUCAAAACAUGAUGGUCACAAAUUGGUUGAACUGGAAUCACAACUCAAUUCAAUUUCACUCAAAACACAUGAAGAAAUUGAACCAAAAACUUCAACAUUAGAUGAAGAAUUGCCAUUAUUGACUGAAGAUAAGGAAAAAGAUGCGGAAACGGAGGAAAACAUUGAUCAACCAAAUUUUUAUAAUGAAUUGAUGAAUCCUGAGAUAAGUGUGGAAACAAUGUUUAUCGAAAAACACAAAGAGUCUGAAAAUGAAGAAGAAUUCAGAAAAUGCCAAAAUCUACAAUUAAAGAGAAGGUGAGUUGAUAUUGAACUGAUUUUGUAAUGAAUUAUCAACACAUUUCCAGUUUACUGUCAUAUCAGAGCUCAAAAAGGCAAAUCCGGAUCUUCUGUAUUUGAAUGA